CAGCCCCGCCCCCUCUGCCCGCCCUCGGAGCCCUAGCGAGCUGAGAGGUUGCAGGCGAGCUGAGCGAGCCCAGGAGCCGAGGUGCCCGCGUCCUUGCGCGGCCGAGCCCGGAGCGGCCCGUGCAGCCCCGGCUGCAGGCUCUGUGGAGGGAGCCUUUAGGAGAGGACUUACAGCAGACAACCAUCAGGUUGCAAAGCUGCUGUCCACGUGGACCGGAGCUGAUAUCACACGCCCACCCACCAGGACCCCCGCUGCCAAGUUUGUGCUCCGAGACAUGGCGACUGACAACAGCAAGGUGGCCGAUGGGCAGAUCUCUACUGAGGUCAGCGAGGCCCCAGUGGCCAGCGACAAGCCUAAAACCCUGGUAGUCAAGGUACAGAAGAAGGCUGGGGACCUCCCUGACCGGGACACAUGGAAAGGCCGCUUCGACUUCCUCAUGUCCUGUGUGGGCUACGCCAUCGGCCUGGGCAAUGUGUGGAGGUUCCCUUACCUCUGCGGCAAAAAUGGUGGUGGGGCCUUCCUGAUCCCAUAUUUCCUGACGCUCAUUUUUGCGGGUGUACCUCUCUUCCUUCUGGAGUGCUCUCUAGGCCAGUACACCUCCAUUGGGGGGCUGGGCGUGUGGAAGCUGGCCCCCAUGUUCAAGGGUGUGGGCCUCGCAGCGGCUGUGCUAUCCUUCUGGCUGAACAUCUACUACAUUGUCAUCAUCUCCUGGGCCAUCUACUACCUGUACAACUCCUUCACCCCGACUCUGCCAUGGAAACAGUGUGACAACCCCUGGAACACUGACCGUUGCUUCUCCAACUAUAGCCUGGUCAAUACCACCAACAUGACCAGCGCCGUGGUGGAGUUCUGGGAGCGCAACAUGCACCAGAUGACGGAUGGGCUGGAUAAGCCAGGACAGAUCCGCUGGCCGCUAGCCAUCACACUGGCCAUUGCCUGGGUGCUUGUGUAUUUCUGCAUCUGGAAGGGUGUUGGUUGGACUGGAAAGGUGGUCUACUUCUCAGCCACUUACCCUUAUGUCAUGCUCAUCAUUCUGUUCUUCCGCGGAGUGACGCUGCCUGGGGCCAAGGAGGGGAUCCUCUUCUACAUCACGCCCAACUUCCGCAAGCUGUCAGAUUCUGAGGUGUGGCUCGAUGCAGCCACGCAGAUCUUCUUCUCCUACGGGCUGGGCCUGGGGUCCCUGAUUGCUCUCGGAAGCUACAACUCUUUCCACAACAAUGUGUACAGGGACUCCAUCAUUGUUUGCUGCAUCAACUCCUGCACCAGCAUGUUUGCCGGCUUUGUCAUCUUCUCCAUCGUGGGCUUCAUGGCUCAUGUCACCAAGCGGUCCAUCGCUGAUGUGGCAGCCUCAGGCCCUGGGCUGGCAUUCUUGGCAUACCCUGAGGCUGUGACACAGCUGCCUAUCUCUCCUCUCUGGGCUAUCCUCUUCUUCUCCAUGCUGCUGAUGUUGGGCAUCGACAGCCAGUUCUGUACUGUGGAGGGCUUCAUCACCGCCCUGGUGGAUGAGUACCCCAGGCUCCUCCGAAAUCGCCGUGAGCUCUUCAUUGCUGCCGUGUGCAUCGUGUCCUACCUGAUUGGCCUCUCCAACAUCACCCAGGGCGGCAUUUAUGUCUUCAAACUUUUCGAUUAUUACUCUGCCAGUGGCAUGAGCCUGCUGUUCCUGGUUUUCUUUGAGUGUGUCUCCAUUUCCUGGUUUUAUGGUGUCAACCGUUUCUAUGACAACAUCCAGGAGAUGGUUGGCUCCAGGCCCUGCAUCUGGUGGAAGCUAUGCUGGUCCUUCUUCACACCCAUCAUUGUGGCGGGUGUGUUUCUCUUCAGCGCUGUGCAGAUGACACCACUCACCAUGGGGAGCUAUGUUUUCCCCAAGUGGGGCCAGGGUGUGGGCUGGCUCAUGGCCCUGUCCUCCAUGGUGCUCAUCCCUGGGUACAUGGCCUACAUGUUCCUCACCCUAAAGGGCUCUCUGAAACAGCGCCUGCAGGUCAUGAUUCAGCCCAGUGAAGAUAUCGUGCGCCCUGAGAACGGCCCUGAGCAGCCGCAGGCUGGCAGCUCAACCAGCAAGGAGGCCUACAUCUAGAGGUGCAUCCCCCUCAUCACCCCAACACUGGCAUCCUGGCCUGGCUGUCCCACACCCCUUGAAGACUGAAGAUGUUCUCUGUCUCCACCUACCUCAAGGGGCGGGUCCAGACACCAUCACCAUGCAGAGUGGGGAGGUGGGGGACAGUCUGACCCUGGGGGGUCCUGAAUGGGCAGCCACUCCUGAGGGGCUUUCACAGAGGCCUGGUGACUUUUCCCUCAGGCCCCUUAGCAUGAGCAGGUGGGUGGCCUUUGUAACUGCCACCCUAGCUCAUUUUUAUGCUGCCAGGGAGGGUGAUAGCUGAGGCCACACACUCCUGGCUUUUAGUCUUACUCAGACUGUUGUCCUGUGCCCCAACUGUAGACUGUUAUCCAGAC